CGCGCGUCCCCGUCGCCGCCGCGGAACGCCGACGACGACCGCGUGUACCGGCUGCUCGUGUUGCACACCAACGACAUGCACGCGCGGUACGCGCAGACCGACCGCUACGGCAACGAGUGCCCGGCCGCCGCCGCCGGCGAGUGUUUCGGCGGUUUCCCGCGGCUCCGGACGGCCGUGCGACAGGCCCGCGUGCCGCACGACGGCGGAUCGCUGUUCCUGAACGCGGGCGACACGUUCCAGGGCACCGCGUUCUACACGUACUUCCGGUGGCCGCUGGCCGCCCGCAUGGUGCAGAUGCUCGACAUCGACGUCAUGUCGUUGGGAAAUCACGAGUUCGACAACGGCGUGAAAGAUGCUCAAUCGUUCGUGCACAACAUAACCGUGCCCGUGGUGUGCAGCAACUUGGACCUCAGCGGCGAGCCGUCGAUGGCCAACGAACCAAAUCUGAUGAAAUCAAAAGUGUUGACGGUGAACGGUCGCAAGAUCGGCAUCAUUGGAUAUCUGCUACCGGAAACAAUGAGUAUUGCGAAAACGGGAAAUGUGAAAAUAUUACCGGAAAUUCCAUCAAUCACGGCCGAAGCAAGACGUCUGAAAAACCAAGGGGUGAACAUUCUCAUAGCCCUGGGUCAUUCCGGAUUCGAUAUGGACAAGCAGAUAGCCGAACAAGUGGAUGAUAUCGAUUUGGUCAUCGGCGGCCAUACCAAUACGUUUUUGUACAACGGAAAAGAACCGGACAUCGACAUUCCUCAAGGUACGUAUCCUUUUUGGGUGCAACAAACGAAUACCAAAAGGAAGGUUCCUGUUGUACAAGCGUUUCAUAUCAGUAAAUACUUGGGUAAAUUAUGGCUGGAAUUCGACGAGGAGGGAGAAUUGAUAAAAAGCUACGGAAAUCCGGUUCUAUUAGAUUCGAGUAUCGAACAAGACGCUGAAAUGUUAGAGGAAAUAAAUUAUUACCAACGUAUGAUCGAGAGCAAUAUGUCACGCGUGGUAGGUUCGACGAGCGUUUUAAUCGAUGCGGAGAACUGCAGGCUCACGGAGUGCAACAUGGGCAACUUCUUGACCGACUCGUUUGUCGAUUUCAACAUACGGCGGAACAUCAAAACGUUCGACUUGAAGGAGCGUUGGACCGACGCGCCUAUAGCGAUCAUGCAGGGCGGUGGGAUACGGAGUAGCUUCAAUCCGAUGUCCAUGAAAGGUAACAUCACCUACAGCGAUCUACUGUUGGCGACUCCGUUCAAUAAUCUUGUGGGAAAAAUUACCAUCAAGGGUUCGGAUAUUUGGAACGCUUUCGAAUUUGCUUUCCGGCGGUACAGUGCCGACAUUGGGUACGGCGAAUUUCUACAAGUGUCAGGGUUAAAGGUUGUCGUGGACCUCGGGCAGCCCCCCGGAAAACGUGUGCAAUCCGUGUACGCUAGGUGCGGGAACUGCGUGGUGCCGAUCUACGAGAAAUUGGACCUGAACGGCAACUACACCGUCAUCAUGUCCCAUUAUUUGGCGUACGGCGGCGAUGGUCACAAGUUCCAGCAAGUGGUCGGCUUUCGGAGUUUCGGUGCUACCGAUCUCGAAAUCGUCGAAGAAGACGUCAAAGUCAUGUCGCCGUUACGACCGGAAGUGGACGGCCGGAUAGUUAUACUGAACGCGGACAAGUUGCAGGACGCCGGCAAUCCACCACCGCAGACCGCCGGCGGCCGACGCGUCUCGUCCGUCGACUCCGUUCCGGUGCUGAUCGCGACCGUCGCGUGUCUCCGCGCGCACGUUUGACCGCGCGCGAACAAUUCAUGUACACGAUCGUUUUUCGCUUCAAUAUACGAUCGUUGUUGUUUUUGCUGCA